AUGACCUCCUCGAAAGCCCUAUUCACGCCAACCCUUGCAGCCAACCUAUCCAGUGCAGCGAGGAGAGGCCUGUUUCUUUCGACGAUCACUGCUGCAGGUUUAAGACCCAGCUGUGCAGCCAUCAGACCAUUCGAUGCGCAAGCGAGACGAAACUUCUCCGUCUCCCACAAAGCGCAACUCGAGUUCUUCCCACCGCCCAAAAACCUCCCUCACAUCAAACUGACUCCUCCACCAUGGCCCCAUCCCACCGCCACGGAUGAACAACUCAAGAGCAUCGAGAUUGCCCAUAGGGAAGUGCGAGGUGUGUCAGAUUGGAUUGCAUACAACACGGUACGCUUUUUGCGAUGGGGCACCGACCUCGUUACCGGAUACCGCCACGAUCCCACCAGACCUUAUGUGAUGAGCGAGAGGAAAUGGCUGGUUCGUUUCAUCUUCCUCGAGACUGUGGCUGGUGUGCCGGGAAUGGUUGCUGGGAUGCUUCGUCACUUGCGGAGUCUGCGGGCAAUGAAAAGAGAUAAUGGAUGGAUUGAAACCAUGCUUGAGGACGCAUACAACGAGCGGAUGCACCUCCUGACGUUCCUGAAGAUGGCCGAACCCGGAAUGUUUAUGAAGUUGAUGAUUCUCGGUGCCCAAGGGGUCUUCUGCAACGGCUUCUUCGUUGCAUAUCUCUUGAACCCCAAAAUAUGCCACCGAUUUGUCGGUUAUCUUGAAGAGGAGGCAACCAAGACCUACACCUAUGCCAUCGAAGACCUUGAAAGUGGCAAACUGCCGGCUUGGGAAAACCUCGAGGCACCAGAAAUUGCCGUGAAAUACUGGAACAUGCCGGAAGGCAAGAGGACUAUGAAAGACCUUCUAUACUACAUCCGAGCGGACGAGGCGAAGCACCGAGAGAUCCAUCACACUCUGGGCAAUCUCAACCAGGCCGAAGACCCCAACCCGUUCGCCUCGGAGUACAAAGAUCCUUCUAAACCUCACCCCGGCAGAGGUAUCGAGCACAUCAGGUCGAAGGGCUGGGAGCGAGAGGAGGUUAUCUGA